AUGCCCACCACUCGACGAUCCGCUGCCAAUGCUCGUAGCAGGGGCUUGCCUGCCAAAGGACAGUCAACACUCAGUUUUUCGAACAAAGUGACAAAGCCUGUGCCGAAAAACGCCAAGAAGUCCAUCAUUUCAUCUUCUGUUACCAAGAUCGACCCCAGUCAGCUUGCAAAGAAGCAAGCGGCAGGGGACGUUGUCAACGAUGAACCCGCAGUUGUAGAGAUUGAGCCAAUCAAGGCUGAUGAGGAAAAGACUGAGGUAGCGCCGGGACCUGUGAAGACUGAGUCGGAGCUGCAAGCAGAGAAGGUCACAGAUGCGCAAAUUAAGAAGUACUGGAAGUCUAUUGAGACCCAAUGGUCCACUCCUCGCCUACAUCAGCAAGGCGUAUCCCAAAAUGAGAGGAUUCUUCGAUAUUUCGACGUCAGCUCGCAAUACGGUCCCUGUAUCGGCAUGCCUCGCAUGCAGCGCUGGAAGCGGGCGGACCGUCUAGGUCUUAACCCUCCCAUUGAGGUUCUUGCUGUUCUCAUGAAAGAGGAGACCAAAGGGAACGACCAAAUUGAAACGGCACAUAUGGACGAGAUUCUCAACUCCAUUGCCGUGGACACUUGA